AUGAUUGAUGACUAAUAAUAUAUUUGUUAAGAACACAACAUAGAGGCAACAUUGAUUUGCUGUAUCUCUUAAUGGCAUUGCGAGCCUUUAUGUGUUGAGUGCAUACCAAAUCACACUAUGCAACACAAUAAGAAUAAAACUUAAUCAUCAAUCAAAAAAUAUUAAGAUGUGUCAUUAGAAUGUCAAUAAAAAUUCAAAUAAUUCAACAAUGAAAUAGAGACUUUCAAAGAAUAAAUUGUUUAAGAAAUAAAUAAGCCAUAUGAAGAUGAAAAUUUAAUGAAUCUUAAGUUAUGGAAGGAAUAAUACCUUUCAUUUUUUGAAGCAUACUUUAAUAAUCUAAUAGCGAAUUACGAUUAGAAAUUAAAACAAUUUAGGCAGAAUCAAACUGACUAAUUCUAAAAAGUUAUUCAAAAUAUAGAUAAGUUAUCAAAUCAAUAUUAGACACUAAAGAAUGAAAUCAAUAUUUACACUUUAUCUAAAUAAAAAGAGUUAGAUUAGUUGAAGGAUAAUUUUUAACAAAUAUAAUAAUUCAAGAUCAAAUAAAGUUACUCAUUAAAUCUCUUUGAAUAAUAGCAAAUUAAAAAUAAGAUAAAUGAUCUUGUUUUAAUCGAUGAUAAUGACCAAAGAGAUUAAAUUUAAUAAAAGUAAGUCAAGAAGGAGUUUAUACCAUAAAAAAGCACUGUUUGUCCCUAAUGUGGCACAUAAAUGACUUAUGUUAGCGAUUUUAAGAAACACUUGGAAUGUCCCAAAUGCACUAAGAUUAAGAGGCCAAACACUUUAAAAAAAUGA